AUGAGCCGCUUCCGACCAACAGCCAACAGCCAACAAGCGACUCUCAUUAUGAGUAUGCCGUACCGUCGCCUGGACCCGAGCAAGCAAGAGAUUCGGUUGCUAGAGCUCCACCCGGCUCGCGGUAUCAAUGACGAUGUCGAGGCUCGGCUCGUGACGGUGCGUCUGACGGACAAGCCCGACUUCAUCGCGCUGUCGUCCCUGUACGGGGAUGCCAACGAGACCGACAGGGUGUACGUGGGAGGGCGGCCGGUCGAGCUGCCCUCCCACCUGGUGCAGGGACUGAAGCACGUCCGUGCCGUCUUCUACCCGACCAUCUCGCUGCGGUACCAGAGGAAGCCGGCCCGCAAGCCUCACGGCGCGCCCCGGUGGCUCCGGCAGCUGCUGGGCAUGUCGUCCAGCAAGGACAGCAAGACGUACUACGACCCUGACAAGCCUCGCAUGCUCCGCGUCUGGCUCGACAUCAUCUGCGUCAACCAGGGCGACGAGGGCGAGAAGUCCCGUCAGCUGGUGGAGAUGAGGGCCAUCUAUCGGUCGGCCGAGCUCGUCGUCGGCUGGCUGGGCGUCAAGGCCGAGACCACCGACGCCGCCAUGUCGUGCCUGUCGGACAUCGAGGACGCCAUGCCGGCCCGCUGGGGAGACCCGGGAGACCGAGAGAAGAACCCGGACGACUACGCUCCCACCCACAGGUGGGCGUCCACAAUCACCUAUCUCUGGGCCGUGGGCCCCAAGGGGGAGUCCCCCUUCACCCUCCCCCACUGGGCCGGCUGCCAUGAUUUCAUGAGCCGCCAGUACUUCCAGCGCCGCUGGAUCCUCGAGGAGAUCUCCAUGGCUCGCUUCCCCUGCUUCCUCAUCGGGGACAUCAUCGUCCCGUGGAAGCAGAUCCUCCGUCUCAACCGCAUGAUGGAGGAGUUCAAGAACAACGAUUCCAACGUCUGGCCUGCGACGGCCCACAAGCUUCUUGACGAGUUUGCCAAGAAGGAAGCCCUGGAAGAUGCCAAGAUUCUUCGGGAUCAUGAUAGUAGGACUACGUCUUCCACUCGGUCUGACUCCAACUCCAACGUCUAA